AUGUCCAAUGUGUAUAUCUUAAGAGAUAUCGAGAAUAGAAGGGUCCUGGAGGAGCCAAGUUAUUGGCUUGGUAGCAUCUGUGAAUCAGAGCUUGAGAAAGCAUUGCAUAGUAGUAUCAAAACUGCUUCUGAUAUUGCUAAUGAAUAUAACGACCUGCAGGAUCGAGAAAGAAAUGAUUUAAAUUCAAAGAAACAUGAAUUGGAAGCUGAGAUGGGGUGUAAGGAUUCUGAAAUCACCUCUUUUGGAACUAAAGUAAACAAACUAGAGAAAGUAGCAGGAAAAGUAUUAUGUAGUUAUAGGUUAAUUAGCUGUCUCAGAUCUAGGGUGAGAGAAUUGGAAGAUCAGUUAGAACAACAAAUAUCUCAGUUAUCUUACGAAUCGGACAUAAUAGGUAGAGCUAAAGAGGAUCCAGACUCGGCUAAGUCCCUCCUUCAAGAGACUAAUAUCUAUUUAGCAGAGCAGGUUUCAAAAGCAUCUAGUGAGACUAAUAAAGUGAUUGGAGGCACCCCCUCUUUUUCUUCAUACCACUCAGAGCUUGAACUUGAUGAAAGCAAAGUAAAAGAUGUGGUGGAGCCCCUAUAG